AUGAAAGGGGAGGCUCCACGUGUUGAAGAGGGAGAGAAAGAAAAAAAAGAGAGGAACGAGCCGGAAAGUCUUAUAGUGCUACAUUUAUUGCUCGGGCUACGGGGAUUGAUCUUACCGACCAGGGGUAGAUCCACAGUGAAGUACCGCGUGGAAACGGUCGCCAGCAGGGCCAAUACGUUUGACAGGGGGACGCCGACAGCGAAUGUGAGCCACUGUGGCAGGUACACCGCCGCGCAUAAAGAUGUACUUUUCUCGCACACGAGAAGGCCGAUUCGCUACCUCCCCAUAGUGCGGACGUUUGACCUCACCGCAGUGUGCCGCCGCUUGGGCCAGUUCCUGGCUAAAAGCACUUCCGGCCUCGGAGAAGUCGAAACUUCCUGGCUACUGGGAGGGGCGAAUCUCAGAGUACGUGAGUUGGAAUCGUCGGAUUACCACUUCGAGAGCCCUGGAGUCUAUAUAGCCAUGAAACGGGGUCUUGACGAGAACGAGCGGCUGUUAGGCAUUAUCCUUUAUGCCGCCCUAGGAUGCGGGGUGGACGUAUACAGCGACAGUGUAUAUGUCAGCAGCAACUGCUGGAGAGGGUCUGUCCCUCAUGGUGGGGCUGCUCUGGAAGCGACACUCCGAGCGGUCAAGCUAAUUAUUGACUCUGCGGAACUAUCCGGCUCGGGGCGCGCGCAUUUGACAGCCUUCCUCAUAGGUCUACACAACGUGUCUUCAGUCUUGGCGCAUACCGAUGAGGGUGGUUACCUUUGUGACGUAAUGAGGGCCAUUAAGCUCCCCGCGCCUAACGGCAUUAUCCUUGGUUCCCCACAAUGCUGCGUCCAACUGCCUAUGCCAGCGGGGAGGAGGUCCAACCGCGAAGGGUACGUUGGCUGUGUCGAUACGAUGCUCCUCACAAGCGCUGCAAUGUUUGCAGUGAGCGACCCCGGCGUCGGUGUAGACAGCGAUAUCCCGUGGGUGAGUUACCGCCCUAACGGUUCUAGCUGGAAGAAUCAUUAUGAUCACCUGUCUAUGCAGAUAAGGCCCCUCAUAGAAGUUUGGGUCAAGAAGAUCUGCUCGGGCCACAACCUCAGCGGUGGGGCGGCAGUAAACGUCAUCUUAUGGUUCGACAGUGCUCAAGAGGAUUUGUUUGCUGAGGCUGCAAAUAGGCAUCUGGACCACGACGGGAUAUACAUCCCCUACUGGAUUGAACCUUCCCCGAUACUGGCAGAGUGUACGGCGGAAGUGAAAUCAAACCUGGUUUGCAAGCUGAUCAGUGGGUCUUUCCAGGACUCCACUGAUUUGCCGAUGUUUGGACCAGAUGCGAAGUUCAAGCGUCGCCUGAACUAUAUGUGCGUAGCCCAGAAAUGGCAAAAACCCAGGGAUUGCGGGUACUCGUACCUCUACUCCCCAAACGCCAGCCCCAGAGACGGAAUAGCUCUGAUGGACGUGGCAUUGUGUGAUUCGGUCCUGGGUAGGAAGCAAGGGGCCGAUCACUUGAGGGAGGGGGUAAUGUUCCCUGGUGUUGCAGUUGCAGGAGCGGAGAUGUCCCUGGCGUCACAGACUUGGACCGUCGACGCUUCUGGCAUAUACCCCCCCCCAUAUGGCUGCGCCGAGCGAUCAUUUGCCGUGACACGGGGGCUGAAGAGAGCGGCGAAUGCGGCAGGAGGGAUGCAUCCAGGCCUCGAUCACGAAUAUUCAUCUCCUUCAGAGCGUUUACUGGAUAAGAUGUCACCAUACAAGCAUGUGUGCCGUGAACAACCGGAGGUGAGCGAGUUGUCCGCCAGGGCUAGGCAACCGGAGGUGAGCGAGGUUUCCGCUAAGCAUAGGUCCCGAUCAUAUGCCAGCAACCGGGGCAUAAGGAGAGCGGCGUAUAUGUCAGGAUCGAAGGAUCCAGACAUCUGCCGCGAAUUUUUUUUAGAGGGCUUACUGGAUGAGUUGGUAACAUCCAAUCCUGUUCACCGUGAACAUUAAAAGUGUGAUGACGCAACCUGUCCAGCUGGACAGUGCACAGGACUGACAACGCCAGCGGAUGCGACGGCGCGGGCCCAGUGAAAUGCACUGGUACGACACCGCAUGGCCUCACCAUCUUCACAUCCUGAAUCUUCAAGGUAACAACUGCCGUACACCAGAAGGGCUCUAGAGAGUGCCGCAGUGGUGUUGAAUGCGGCUCUAUACUUUCCAAACUUCCCUCAGCUCUUUGUCAGUUCUCCCUGAAUAGAGAUUAGAGAAACUGAACAAAAGCAACGUAAACGGCUUGCCAAAGAUAUCGUCGCUUA